GUGGUCCGACGAUCAACAAGAACCAGAUAGACCUCUACAAGCUGUACCUAGCCGUGCGCGACCGCGGCGGCUUCCUAGAGGUGACUCGCGCAAAGCUGUGGAAGGAUAUCGCCGCGCAUCUGAAGGUGAGCAUUUCCGCUAGCGCCGCCUACACCGUACGCAAGCACUUCGUCAAGCACCUGCUGCCGUACGCGUGCAAGUUCGACCACGGCGGCGUCGACCCUCAGAGCGUGCUGUCGCAGCUCGAGUCGCAGGCGUCGCGAAACAAGAAGCAGCGCGCCGAGCAGAGCCGCUGCGCGCCAUCUCCAGCUGGUUCGUCGAAUUCUCAAGACUCGUUUGGCGCCGCGUACGGAGCGCCGGGCAUGGAAGGCUACAACCAGUACCCGCCACCAGGGGGCGCAAUGGAGUACAACCAGGGCAUGUACGGACCAGGCGGAGGACUGAUAGGUCAGAACGCGAUGGCGGGAGGCGGGGUCAUGAUGCCCCCUGGUGGCAUGGCCGCGUACGGCCAGCAGAUGGGGCCACCGCCCCCUAACUCGAUGUACGUCGGUGAGCGCGGCGGUGGGGGCGCCACCGUCGGCGGCGGCGGCGGCAUGCCCGUGCCGCCGAUGCCGGCGUACGACCGACCGGUGCCGCCAUCUAUGGGCGGGUACAGCCGCGUGAUGCCGCCGCCCAACGCCAUGGCCGGAGCUCCCAACGCGAUGGGCUACGGAGGAGGCGGCGGCGGAGGAGGAGCAGGUUACGGAGAAAGAGGCGGGGCAGCGGGUGGCGGCGCAGGAGGUCCGUUGCCGAACGUGAUGCAGCCGUUUCCGGCGGACGCGCGCGGCGUAGGUCCGCCGACAAGCAUGGGCAUGGGGGCGCCACCGUCCGGCCUCGGCAUGGGCGCGCCACCGAACAGCAUGGGCGCACCGCCGUCCAGUAUUGGCAUGGGGGCGCCACCGUCGGGCAUGGGCAUGGGCGGCGGUAUGAGCAUGGGUGCGCCGCACUACGCCGAGGGCGCCGGCAUGGGGGCGCCACCUGGUGGCGUGAAUAUGUCCGGCAUGCCGAUGCCGCCGCAGGGCAUGGGUCACGGCCAGCAGAUGGCGCCACAGCCCGGCAGCCAGGACGGCCGCAUGCCACCGCAGCAGCAGCACCCGCCCAUGGCGCCGCCGUCCGACGCGGGCCAGCAGAUGGCGCCGCCGCCACCGACGACCGUCAAGGAGACGGUUGCCGUACAGGAUCCGUUCGCUGACGACCCGCCAGCAUCAUCAACGCCGUCGUUCCGCGCCCCGCCGCCUGUAGGGGGCGCCGGCGGUGCAAGCCUCGCAAGCUCUAUCGGGCCCGCGCCGACUGGUGGCGCCCCCGCUAGCAUGGGUGGUGGCGCUGCAGCGAUGGGGCCGGCGGCGGCCCCGGCGUCGUCGGGGUUUGGGAAGGGUUCCUAUUCUAACUCGUCGAUGAGCGGACUGACGUCGACGACGAGCUCGUACGGUGGCGCCGCCGCCGGCGGCAGCGUCGACCACGGGAUGGCGCCACCGGACGUGCCGCCGCCGGCACCGCCGUUUGGGCGUGACGCGUACGCGGCCGGUUACCAAGGCAACCAGGCGCCGUUCCCGCGCUACGGCAACCAGUAUGACAGCCACCCUCGCUACACGGACGUUCCACCGCGGCCCCCGUCACAGGACGGCCCCUACAGUCGCUACGCCAACUACUCGUCCACCUAUCAAGGUCGCGUCGGGCCGCAGCAACGCGAGGCGUACGGACAGGGAAAGCGACAUCCCGACUUUGCGAAGGUCACAGACGACGCGUACGGACGCAUGGCGCCAUGGCAACAGGGCAGUCCCAGCCGUGAGCGCAUGCAGCCAGGUAUGCCUGCGCCCUCCGGGGAGGACAGUGACCGGCUGCGGGCGGCCGCCGCGCCGCCAGCGAAACAAGUGAACGGCGACGCCGAGCGCAAGGUGGCGCCGCCGUCGGCAGCACGGAAGAUAAACGGCGCUGUCGAGGAAGCGGACAGAGAGGGCGCCACCGCACCCUGCCAAAACUCGCUGCGGUGUCCGCCGCCGCCACCCAUCUGCGUGGGGGCACCACCGACGAUGACAAAGUCCGACCGCAAGCGCCGAAAGUCGGCGACGGGCGGCGAGGGUGCGAGGGCGCCACAGUCGGCGUCGAAAGUGAUGGAGAACGGCUUUGUCGUUGCCGACGGCGACGAGAAGCUGUGCGUGCAGAAGCUGCUCGGAACGGCGCGCACCAAGAACCACAUCAAGGUGGAGCCACCGGUCGCAGUAACGCCGCCGCCGCCCGCGGCGACGAUGACGACGACGACGACCACCGCUGCGGAGGAAAAGACUAGCGCCACGCCGCCGCCGGCUACCGCGACGCCAUCUGGCGAGUGGGCGUCGUCGUCGAGCGGCCUCGAGGACGAGGCGUACCGGCCGGACGAGGCGUCGCUUGUCGCGGUUGCCGACGGCGACGAGCAUCUCGUCCGGCGCUGCGUCACCAUCUCCAACAUCGUGCGCUCGCUGUCGUUCGUGCCGGGCAACGACGCGGAGAUGUCUCGCCAGCGCGGCCUCCUGCACGUCGUCGGCCGCCUGCUGCUGCUGCGGCAUCGCCACGACGACCGCCGACCCAAGCAGCCGUUCGGCGGCGGAGCGGCGGGGGAGGAGGAGGACGACGCGGUGACGCGGCGUUACUGCACGAGUCUCGACACGCGCGUGGACGCGUGGGCGUCGCCGUGCGUGGACGCGCUGCGCGAGAACGCGCUCGUCACGCUGACGAACGUCGCGGGACGCCUGCACCUGAUGUCGCACCCGGAGUCGAUCGUUCUCCCGAUCCUCGACGGCCUGCUGCACUGGGUCGUCUGCCCGUCGUCGUACGCGCGCGACGCGUUGCCGACGACGACGGCGGCUGUGGCUCUGUCGCCGCAGCGGCUCGCGCUGGAAGCCCUGGCGAAGAUGAGCAUCCAGGAGCACAACGUCGACCUGCUGCUGGCGACGCCGCCGUACGAGCGGCUGGAGGCGUUCUUCGCGCUGCUCGCCGCCAACCUGGCGCGCGCGCGCGAGCAGCCGACGCGCGAGAUGUCCGUCGUGUUGCUAAGCAACCUCGUCGCGGCCGACACGGCGGCGGCGCGCGCCGUCGCUGGGCAGCGCGCGGUCGUGCCUAACCUGCUCGCGUUCCUCGAGGAGUUCGAGGCGAACGCGCUCGCGGUGGCGAACGCUCACGGCGUCGCCGCGCUCCGCGACGGCCCCGAGAUCAUGGGCACGUCGUUGGACAUGCUGCGGCGCGCGGCCGGCGCGCUCGCCUGCCUCGCCCGCGGGUCUGCGGCGGCGGCGGCGCGUCCGCUGCUCGCCCGCUACCAGCCGCGCCUGCUGCACCUCGUCAUGUCGCAGAUCCUCGACCAGCAGGUGGCGCUGCUCGUGUCGGACGUGCUGUACGAGGUGACGCGCGGCUCGUCGUGACGCCGACCGCUGCCACGAGAGGGCGCCGCGGGAGCGCGCCGCUUGUACAGAGAUGGCGCCGCCGUCGUUGGACGAGGAGGAACCGGCGCGAGAGAGUAGAGAUGCGACAUGGCUUGUGAUAUACGCGGGUGAGAGGGGAGAGGGGAGGAGGAGGCCGGGGCCACGCGCCCCCUCCCACCGGGACCCCCCCGGCAUCGCGGAGCGACGACGACGACGUUGAUGAUAAACUGCUGCAAUUCUUUUUUCUUUCUUUUUUUGUAUCGUUGAAGAUCGGAGAGCGUGCGCGUAGAGGGCGCCGCUGUUGCCGCCGGGACUUACGCGCGCGGUGCGGCGGCGCGCGCGUCUGUGUGUGUGUGUGUAUGAUAUGUGGUGACCUGGAGCGACUAACGGAUAAAGCCCACGGCUAGACUGGCGUCGACUUUCGUCGACGACGUGAAGAAACAAGCGAGCGCUUGUGCGAGUGCGCCCGCCGAGACUGAUGAUGAUGUGGCGAGGGCGGGGGCGCCACCGUACAGAGCCGAGGCUUAUUCGUCGGAGAUUGUGUGUAGUAGAUUUUAGACUGGUUCCUGCCCCUGUUCCCGGAGGACGCCGCGAGUGCGCGGGAGAGGUCGGGCGCCCGUCUACGUUAGUUACCGAUUCGAUAUAUUAGUGCCAGUUACUCUUCACGAAACCACUUCUCGUUGUGACCGCUGUACAUUUCCUCGUCGACCCGUCUCUCGGCCGCGCCCGCCACGCCCGCCCGCGUC